AUGGUGAUAUUUUUACUAUUAUUUUUCCUCUUCAAUAAUUUCAAUUUGCUACAAGGAUAUUCAAAUUUUCCAAAAAUUGGAUCGCAAGGAAAACAUCAUGUGAGUUAUUACGAACACAUUGUCCAUUCUCCAAAAAAAAAUUAUAGUUUUUCCACGUGUUCUAUUUUGAUUCUGAAUAAAACCAAUUAGAAUUCAUGUAUUUAUUUACUCGUUCAAUCUUUUGAGAUUUUGAAAAAAACACGACUCAAAAUUAGAUUCACAGCUUUGAUGUUUGAUUGAAUUUUGGAUAAAGAAUUGAAGAUGAAAAACAGCAGGGAACUCGUGGGAAUUUUUGCGAAAAUUGGAAAUGAUUCGAUUUUGAAGAUUAAUAAUUAAUUGAGAGGUUCUCUGAGAAAAAAUGGAUUUUUUUUGGAUUUAAAUAGAAAAUUCUUUUUUUUUCCUAUUGAUCUGUGGAAUUGUGUAACCUUUCAAAAAUAGCAACUAUGUUGAGUACAAACUAUUGAAGAUCAAUUGUGACUUUGCUCUAAAAAUAAUCUAGAAGAAGAAUGGCUCUGCACCAAUUUUCUAGAAACCCCCGAUUUUCCGCAAAAAAAUCAAGACAUCAAACAUUUUUUUGCAAAGAUGAAAACAUCCACAAAGGAUCUCUGGUUUUCAAAUUUCAAAGGAGCUCACAAUGAAAAAACCAAAAAAAUAUCAAAAUGUUCCAAACCCUCUUUCUUACAGUAUCAAGACGAUUAUGUGGAUGAAAUCUUGGAAGAAUUUGAAACUGGCAAAGCGCCAACAACUCCAAAAAAAUGGCGACCCGGAACCACCUCAACUCCACCUCCAACAACAUUUUCUACAGUAACCCAGCCUCCUACUUCUGUUCCGGAAAGUGCUUCAAGGUCAGUCACGCAACCCGUUUUUGACAAAUUAAAAUUUUCCGGUGAUCUAUCUAUCUAGACGACCCUAAAAACAAAACGAAGAGGAAAAAAGAACUCAUUUUUCCUUUUUCGUUUUCCUUGUUCUCCUAAUUGUCUUCCAUGUGCAAUUUAUAACCGCAACAUCCGUAUACACACAUUUUUUCAACAUUUUUCCUCCGCUGGUCCUAUUCUUCUUCUUCGUCAUCAUCAUCAUCAUAAUAUUUAUUUUUUCUACAUAGUAGAUAUUUAUUUAUUUCGUUUGUGUGUGUGUUUGGGAGUAUUUUGUUUUCUUCUCCUUAUUCCAGUCAUUCAGUCAGUUAUUCAUAUUUUUCUUUUUCUCACAUGGAGCGAUUUUUCUCCGGCCAUACAGCCGAAAAAAUUAGAUGAAUAGAUAGAAGAAGAAGCAAAAAAAAGAGCUAUAAUGAAAAUGUGUAGAAGAAUAUUAUUAUGGAGACUGCUGUUGUUUUUUUGUUGGUAGGUUUUUCGGGAAUUGUUUCUUGGGAAAAAUACAAACUGUGCUCAAGGCAAAACGUCAUUUGACCUGGUUUUCACAACGAGGUCAGGUGUUAAACUUUUUAUAAGACUUGGCCUUUACCUUUAGAUUCGAAUCCACUGUCGAUCUUUGGCUUAGGCUUAAAGUGAACCUUGGCUUACUUUUCAGCUCGUCUGUAGCCGCCUGGUUUUCCUUAUACUCUUCCUAGUCGUGUAGAUCUGAGCUUGGAAUAACUUCAGAAUUUGUUGAACAUUUUUGCAUGUGAUUUCCAGUUGUUGUCAUUCCGAAAAUAAAAGAACCCCCGUUUGAAUUGGCGCUCUUUUUGUCGUCCAGGAAAUUAGGUCAUGUUAAUCAAUACUAGAGGCCAAACUCAUCACUUAAAAGUUUUGAAUUUUUGCAGUUCUGCUGAUGCUGCUUCCGAUACCGAAAUCAUCAAAAAACUUCUUGAAGAACGUACAGUAGACUAA